CCUCUCGCCACACUCUCUUGCGGCGUCCACAGAUACCCAGAUAGUUGCAUCACAAGGUAGAACUCAGAGAGAUCUCAUGGCGGCCAAGGGUCACGUCCUCGUGCUGCCCAUGCCGUGCCAGGGGCACGUCACCCCGCUCAUGGAGCUCUCGCACCGCCUCGCCGACGAGGGCUUCGAGGUCACCUUCGUCAACACGGAGGUAGACCACGCGCUGGUGCUCGGGGCGCUGCCGGCGGGCGGCGCGGCGGAGCUCCGGGAGCGCGGGAUCCACCUGGCCUUCAUCCCGGACGGCCUCGCCGACGGCGAGGACCGCAAGGACAUCAACAAGCUCGUCGACGCCUACUCGCGCCACAUGCCGGGCCACCUGGAGCGGCUCAUCCGCGACAUGGAGGCCGCCGGCGGGAGGCCCAAGGUGCGGUGGCUCGUCGGCGACGUCAACAUGGGGUGGUCGUUCGUCGUCGCCAGGAAGCUCGGCAUCCGCGUCGCCUCGUUCUGGCCGGCGGCCGCGGCGUGCCUCGCCAUCAUGCUCAAGAUCCCCAAGCUGGUCGAGGACGGCGUCCUUAACAACAAGGGAUGGCCAGAGCGGCAAGAGACGUUGCAGUUGGCGCCGGGGAUGCCGCCGCUGCACACGUCGCUGCUAUCGUGGAACAACGCCGGCGCGCCGGAAGGGCAACACAUCAUCUUCGACCUUGUGUGCCGGAACAACAAGCUCAACGACAUCGCGGAGAUAACCGUGUGCAACUCCUUCCACGAGGCCGAGGCCGGCGUGUUCAAGCUCUUCCCGGACCUCCUCCCCAUCGGCCCGCUCGUUGCUGACCAAGAGCUCCAGCGGCCCGUGGGCCACUUCUUGCCGGAGGACACUGGGUGCCUGGAGUGGCUCGAUGCGCAGACGGGCGGCUCCGUCGUGUACGUGGCCUUCGGUAGCAUGGCCAUCUUCGACGCGCGUCAGUUCCAGGAGCUCGCCGAGGGGUUGGAGCUCACCGGCCGGCCGUUCUUGUGGGUGGUCCGACCAGACUUCACCCCGGGCCUGAGCAAGCUGUGGUUGGACAGCUUUCGGCUCCGCCUCGCCAGCACCGGCAAGGGCAUGAUCGUCACCUGGUGCUCCCAGCAGCGUGUCCUAGCGCACUCGGCCGUGGCAUGCUUCGUCUCGCACUGUGGCUGGAACUCGACGCUGGAGGGGGUGCGCAACGGCGUGCCGUUCCUGUGCUGGCCCUACUUCUGCGACCAGUUCCUCGACCAGAACUACGUCACUGCUGUGUGGCGCACAGGGCUGGCGGUGUCGCCUGACGAGGACGGCGUCGUGACGAAGGAGGAGGUGAGGAGCAAGGUGGAGCAGGUCGUGGGCGACACCGAGAUCAGGGAGAGGGCGCAACUGCUCAGGGACACGGCGCGCACGUGCGUCACACGGGGCGGCUCGUCGCACAAGAAUUUCAAGAAAUUUAUCGACCUCCUCAGUGAAUGAUGACCUAUUGAAAUGCAUGCAUAGAAAGAAAAAGUAUUUUCAUCGAUCUGUUGUGUGUCCAUGUUUUUUUAUGUCAGCUAAAUAAUUAUUUAAAAUAAAAAAUAGGAUGUAUUAAUAUGCUAUAUAUUAUCACAUAAACAUGCAAGUUCAAA